AAAAACAAAAGAAACAUUUGGCUCACAUUAUAUAAACGCUAUAGCAAAACUCAAACCGCAUGAACAAACUCAUCCGCUUUCCUUUUCUUUAACCACUCUCUGUUUUAGUUCGUCACCAUGUCUAAAAGUCAUCCAAACCUCUCCAAAAUUUUCUUCACUCUGUCAACCGUUUCUUUCUUCUUCCUCACCUUCACCGCCGCGAAAAACCACAGCUUCUCAAAAACCUUGUCUCCCAAAAAAUAUGGCCUUGGACGAGAGAAACUGAGCCACCUCCACUUCUUCUUCCACGACAUAGUCAGCGGGAAAAACCCCACAGCCGUGAGAGUCGCAGAGGGGCUGAUGACCAACACUUCGGCGACGGGUUUCGGUGCGGUGGUGAUGAUGGACGAUCCAUUGACGGAAGGGCCGGAUCCGAGCUCCAAAUUGGUUGGAAGAGCACAAGGAAUAUAUGCCUCGGCAUCACAGAGUGAGUGGGGUUUUUUAAUGGUUCUCAAUUACGUUUUCGUCGAAGGGAAAUAUAACGGAAGCACGCUAAGCAUAUUGGGUCGGAACACUGUUUUGUCGACCGUCAGAGAGAUGCCGGUCGUCGGAGGCAGUGGGCUUUUCAGGUUUGCUAGGGGAUAUGCUCAGGCUAAGACUCAUGAUUUUGAUAUUAAAACUGGUGAUGCUGUUGUGGAGUAUAAUGUCUAUGUAUUCCAUUAUUGAUGACUUCUGCUCUGUUUUUGUGUUAGAACAUUAGCUUUUCGGCUUUUGGCUAUUUAUUUUUAUUUUUAUUUUUUAUUUUAUUUUAUUAUUAUAUUUUU